ACUGUCAGCCUUGAUGACGAAAACUUGGCUGGAGUUCGAGCCCCUUUCUGACAAUUUCGCAACAAUUCCAAGCUGACGGCAAGGCUUCAAACAUUCGUUCCAAUUUCUAAUUCUACAAUCAUGCCUAUACAUUUUUUCGCAGAAGUAGUCUACAAGGGCAUUCCUUGGCUUCCAGAUGGCCGGGCCAUGUUCAAACUCACCGUUGCACUGGUAAUCGUUGGCCUUAUAAAAUGGUAUUCCAUGGGUGCUUCCAACACUGCAGAGCGACAAAUGCAUGGGAAGAUUGUCAUGAUAACAGGAGGUACAUCGGGAAUAGGUGCCGCGACCGCUCUACGAUUAGCCCAACGAGGUGCUCAGAUAAUAUUACUUGUUCAUCAAUCGCCACAAGAUAUUUUUCUUGUCGACUUUAUCGAGGACCUACGAGAGAAGAGCGGAAACGAGAUGAUAUAUGCAGAACAAGUUGACCUGUCUUCGCUCUAUAGCGUUCGCCAAUUCGCAACGAGAUGGAUCGACAAUGCCCCUCCAAGACGAUUGGAUAUGAUCAUUCUCUGUGCUGCGACAUUGACACCGGCCGGCAAACCUCGAGCAGUCACCAGUGAAGGUCUGGAAGAGGUAUGGAUGGUCAAUUAUCUCUCAAAUUUCCACCUUCUCAGUAUUCUGAGCCCUGCCAUUCGAGCACAACCGCCAGAUCGAGACAUCAGAAUACUGUUUGCCACCUGUUCUUCAUAUAUCACUUCUCCUCCGAUCGAAGAUGGCACCGAAGCGAUGAAGAAGAAGGAUUGGACGCCAACCAAAGCAUACGCCAGAAGUAAAUUGGCACUGAUGAUGUUUGGGCUUGCUUUUCAGAAACAUCUAGAUUCAUACCAGCGACCCGACGGAGCACCGGUUAAUGCGAGAGUCUUGUUUGUAGACCCUGGGUAUUCUCGGACGCCAGGUAUGCGACGAUGGUUGACACGAGGAACACUAUGGGGUCUUGCUUUAUAUCUGGUCUUCUGGCAGAACGUUUAUCUCAUUUUGAAGAGCUCGGAAGGAGGAGCACAGAGUUUCCUUUACGCAGCUAUGGAUGCCACGUUCGGACGUGGACCUGGUGGCAAACUUAUCAAAGAAUGCCAAGAAAUGGAUUAUGCCAGGACCGAUAUAAAAGAUGAGACAGCCGCGAAGAAGUUGUGGGAAGCCAGUGAGAAACUCAUCGAGAGAGUCGAAAGAGAAGAGGCUGUAAGACGAGCCCUAGAAAAGAAGGAGCAGGAGAAAGGAAAAAGCGAAAAAGCUGCGGGAGAGAAGCCAGCUGAACAGACUGCUGCCAAUCCCGAAAAUAAACAAUCGAAGUCUCGGAGGCAAAAGAAGGCUAAAUAAAGCACGAGUCCUAUGAUUAGUUCACUUCGGAUGCAUAGCGAUGGAGUUCUGGACAAACGGCAGGCAGCUGGUAUGACCCGCCUACCCAACAAUCUCAAUUGACUGAUGAAGCAAUUUACGAAGUGUGAUGUCCUAAGUCUACAACUCUUGAACAAGACAUCAAAUCUAUUGUUUCAUAUGUUUAACUA